AUGCCUAACCCUAAGGUCUUCUUCUACAUGACCAUUGGUGGGCAGCUUGUUGGUCGCAUCAUGAUGGAGCUCUAUGCCAACAUGACUCCUCGCACUGCCGGGAACUUCUACGCGCUCUGCACCGACGAAAAAGGCGUAAGGCAGAGUUGUAAGCCCCUUCAUUACAAGGGCUCAUCCUUCCACCGCGUGAUCUUGAGCUUCAUGUGUCAGGGUGGCCACUUCACCUCCGAAAAAGGAAGUGGCAGCAAGUUGAUCUAUGGUGCCAAGUUCGCUGUGAAGAAACACACUGGUCCCAAUAUCUGCUCUAUGGAAAACGCCAGUCCCAUAACCAAUAGAUCACAGUUCUUUAUUUGCGCAGAGAAGACAAAAUGGCUUGAUGAAAUUGGGAGGUGA